AACUCUUCGGUACGUCUAGAUUUCUCUUGUCUUUAAAAUCGAGAGGAAUUAAUAAAGUAUGUAAUGAUUUUGAUUCCGUAAAAUAUCGCCUAAAAUACAAAGUGUCAUUUGUGUUGAUCGGAUGGAAUUCUGCCGCCUGGACUGCACGGCACCGACAGACGUCUGAGCUUUAGGAUGAGGAUAUACCAUCAGGUGGCGCAAAAGGAUUUAAAAAAUAAUGAAGAAAUUAACGAUAUCGCCCAGCGAUAGCGGUGGCGCGGCGACGCAAUUGAAGGACUGUAAUACCAUUAACACCAAAGGACAUAUUCGGGCGAAACACGUGGAUGUGAGGUGUGAGUGCAAUAUCAACAGGAUUUCAUGCGAGAAAUUUAAUCCACCAGACGGACGCUGGACCCGUUUCGUCUGAGCGUUCUGGAGAUGGAGUUUGGAGAGAGGAAGAGGCGAAGGAAGUCACCGAGCUUUAAACUGGUCGCGGAUGAAGAUUGUGAACCACCAGAUCAAGAUUCAAGUGAGGAGCCCGGGGAGGACGACGUCUGGCUGGGAGAAGACGGAAUGGAGAUCAAGAAGCAAAUCACAGGAAUGAUGAGGCUCUUGACUGACAAGACUGGUAGAGUGUACCAGCGUGUGGAGGUAGAGCACAGCCAACCCUCACCUGAGGACAGACCGACAGCUUGUCCGCAGCCAGCUUUGAAGAACCCGACAGUCAACAACUGGAAUGCCACAGCGUGCGCCGGAUCUUCAUCCGCACAUAUCUCCAACCUGACCCCCUGUGACGCUAAACAGUAUGGCACAAGAUCUGUGGUCUCCAAGUGGAAUUACAAGGAUGAGAGAGCAGGUGACGUGAAUGUUGCCCCCUGUAAUGUCCAGGAAAACAGCUGCUGCACUUGCAACUGCAAAGGCACCCUAAAUUCUAUCCUGUACGAACUGCGAGCCAUGAGAAGAUUGAUGCAGACUCAAAGGGCAUCCUUAGACGCACAUGAGCCAACAGCACCGCUUUGCCACACCCGCUUCAGCCCUGGCCACAGCACUCGUUGGAGGAGAAGGCAGUUUUAUAAAGUGACGCCGGGGCUUAUGUCCAGUCCUGAGGUUGCUACUGUUUCAACUGAGAGGGCUGAAUGUGGAAGCAAGGAGGAGUUUGAAUUGCCCAACAUUGGUGCCAUCUCUGAAGUUUCUGCAUCAACACCAACGGUGGAUCCAGCAUCAGCAAACUCACACAACUCUCUUUUGCCGCGGAUGAAGGAGCCUCUGGCAACAGGGGUGCUGCAGUCACCUGAGGUGCGACUUGCAGAAGACUAUGAUGUGUUUAUUUCAAAAGCCCAAUUGGAUUCCAUCCUGGUCAACUACACACGCUCCGGGAGCCUUCUGUUCCGAAAACUGGUGUGUGCGUUCUUUAAUGACGCCACGCUGGCCAACUCGCUACCGAACGGAAAAAGAAAGCGAGGACUCAAUGACAACCGUAAGGGCCUGGACCAGAACAUUGUGGGUGCCAUUAAAGGUAAACAGAUAUUUUACCGCUUUUUUUUUUUUCAAUUCACUGACGUGAGGCUGUGUCCAGUGUUCACAGAGAAGUACUGCACUGAGCACAAAAUAGACAAGUUGCCUGGCCCGCGGGACUGGGUUCAGAUCCUGCAAGAUCAGAUCAAACUUGCCCGGAGGAGACUGAAGCGAGAUGCUGCGGAAACAGAUGACCCAGCGAGCGGACCUUAACAAGUACGAACAAAACCCCGCUCCUAACAGGUUUCAGACAACAAGAUAUGCAUGUGCUCACGCAAACUCUACCAGGUUGCUAUGGUUGCAUUACAAUGCACCUAUUGAUACACUGUUCACUCGGUUGCCUGUAUAUCACGAGUAGGAAUAGCAGUUGUGCUUUUGUAUAUCAAAUGAGUUACAUUUGAAUAAUUUAAUUUUAAAGCUAGAUAGACGUGUUCUUGUUCGUUCAGAGUCCAGAGCCAACACGCCAACAUACGUAGGGAGGAAUGUAUCUGGGUGAUUUACCUGCCAUACCACAACGAAUUUCAUACUAUGGUCACAUACUUAUCAACUGAUACUUGUUGGAGAAGCCAAAGCUGUGAUAUGAUAUUAAUUUAUGGCUUACUGUAUGAUCAAUGUGCCUUUUGAGUGACCUGUAAUCGUGGAUGUUUUGUGUACUGCAGCAUCCACCUUCUUUCCACAAUUUAGACCUGUUUUGUGCAGCGCAUUCUUUGUUUAAACUACAUUAUGUGCCGGACUGCUUAUUAUCAAACUGUUGACAUGCAACCACGUGUGCAUUUCGCCAUUGUGAAAGGUGACUGCAUACAAGAACUCGCUGUGCAAAUCAA